ACUGUCCCUUAAGUUUCGUUUUUUGAAUUUUGAACAUUUUAACACUGUCUGCAAGACCAAAAGUAGUGAUUUUUUUUGCAUAACUUUAAUUAAACGUGUUUUAUCACAAAUAGUUUGUGUUUAUUUGUGUCUGCUAGCAAAUGAGUGAUCGAAUUAGAGUGUUAACUUCACAAGCUAAAUACGAAAAAAGAACAGGAUUGUAUCAUCGGUAAAUGUAUCCUUGAAGGUAGGAUCUUCAAACCUUUUCAGCAACAAUGUCAGUCGUUUAAAGAAAUAGCAGUGUGUUUCUGUUAAUUAUGAUGUUCUUCGGUGUAAUCGAAAUGUAGAGUUUGAGCUGAAAUCUUUAAAAUUAUUCAUGAUUUUCCCAAAAUAGUGUUUAAAUAAAUCAAACACGCGAUGCGAAACAACGGCAACUGUUGUACAAAAAGUUAUUGCAUUAUUUUCCAUGUUGUUUCCUUUUUGAUGGUUAGCAGAUUGUAUGUAUUAGAAAUAUCAGUAUCCUAAAUGAAACUGAACUGAUUUAAAUGUUUUGGGAAUCAUAAAUCAGGCCUGUUAAUUCCAAAUCUUCUUGCCUGAUUCGCGCAAAAGUGCGUUCCAAUGCGACUUGCCAAAUAUUCGUGCUCAACGUUUGCGGCUGUGUUGAAGGGCAAACUUCAACCCUUAGCAUUGCGUUUAUGCUGCGCGGUUUACAGCUUCCUUCAGGGGGUGUCAAUUGUCAAACGCACAAAAACACCAAAAGCAACAGAAAAAAAACUAUACACACGCAGCAGGGCACACAAGAACAAAAAUACAUGACGCUAUCCCUCUGGUUCUGGUUGCCGUGGUAGGCGAUGGGUGAACUAUUAGAUUUGGUUGUAAAACGCGUGAUCCAAUCCAAAUUUACGGUCUGGGAGCUGCCGUACAGAAGGGUUGCCUGGGCGUAAAGCGAGCCGUCCGUACCAAGUGAUACGCAGUGCAGGGCAGUGUGUUUGCUCAAUAUUUCGAAAAAUGUUCUCCAGUCGUCUCACACGCUCAACUAUUUUUGGCAUUGAUUUUACGACCGUUUAGUAUUUGUUUCUCAGUCCCGAGUGAAGUAUUUUUCCCCCUCGCUUUGCGAUUUAUCGGUCACCGAUGAGAUCAGACUCCCCGGACCGACCGUAUGCUGUGUUCGGAUGCGGCAAUUAUUAAGUAUUAGUCAUAUACAUUCUGUGAAUUACAUACGACGUGCUCAAAGCUCGCUCAUUCGAGUUCGUGAAAGAAACACGGAGAACGCAGUUGCACAAAGUCCGAUACAAUCAAUCAUCUCCUCGAGCAACCUGAUCCGGUUCGGGACGUACGGAACGAUGCAAGUAACGCCUUAAUACCGGUACGACAGACACUUAACCAUGUCCAACACGGUCGAGGACGAUGCCGGCAUACAGGUGCAGAACGUGCUGGAACGGAUUAGCUCGCUGCUCAAUGGUAGUUCAUCCAGUUCGUCUACGGGGGCGACCGGUACACCUACACCGGCUAGCUCCCUGGUGUUGGAGGACAUCUCGCAAACGCGCACCGUCCACGAGGAAGAAAUACUGCUCAUCAACGGGAUACCAGUACGGUUACCCGCGGAAAAUUCCGACCACAGUACGGCGAGUGACGGCACGGAUGAUGACGCCGUCUCAAUACGCGAUGCGCUACGGGCAGGCGAAAUUCCAUCAAUUUUAGUACUAAACCGUAUCAUCGAGAAGCUGCAUCGUAGCAAUCCGGGCCCGAGUAUGGUGGUAGCCGUGGAAACCUCGCUCACUGUAUCAAAUUGUCGCAAAACUACGGAAAAAUGUGUCGUACAACCGAUACCGACCGGGCGCACCGGUGACCCAGUGGUGGACCCGUGGGAGGUGACGGAGGAACGCGUGGAAAAGCAGCUGUACAACAGCCGUACGGUCGAGAUGGCAGAGGGAUACCGGAGACCGGACGGUAACAUGUCCAGCCAGAAACACUGCUGGCCAAGUGGUAGCGUUGACUCGGGCCAGUGGACCGAAACGGACGCACCGGAAAUAAAACAAGCUGCGGAUCCUCAGUACACGAAAGCGGACGAUCUGUUGCUGCAUUACACAGAAGGUAAUCUAAUUUCCGGCUCACUGGACGGACUGCUGACACACUUUACGCCUACCGUCUCGUACAUUCCGGACCGUUCGUUUAUCUUCACCUUCCUGCUUGCCGCGCGACAGUUCCUGCGCCCGGACGAAAUCCUCGAGAAGACGCUCCGGGCUACGCUCGCAAACGGUGGCACAUCUAACUUGCCCCACCUACUGGCCGCCUGGAUGCACGAUUUUCCAUACGAUUUUCGGGAUGAGCGUAUGAUGCGACUGGUGCGCAGCUUCACCGAGCAGCAAUCGUCCAACGCGUCAUUGUCACACGAUCCACCGGAACGUGCGCGAUCAUCGAACCGCGGUUCUUUACGCGAGCGGAGCACACUGUCCCGGGCAUUGCGGCGGCUUGCUCAUCGGUUGGCCAAGCUAGAAAAGUACGAGCUGGAAAAGAGCAACCUGCAGCAGUUAAAGUACGGAGCGGAUGAGUGGAAAACGGCACCUUCGUUGGUGGAUUUGGCAAGCGGUUCGCCCGUGCUGAUGGCCAACACACUAACCGCGAUCGAGGCGGAACGGUUUUCGUUCAUAGGGCUGGAAGAAUUUUUCCCUUCACCGUGUAGUGGUGCGUCAAGCAGUUCCGGCUCGAGCUACCGGGGCGGCACCACCGGAAAUAAUCUACUCGCGUACGUCCAGUGGUACAACCGGUUGACGUACGUGGUCGCGACAGACAUACUGCGUUCACCGCGCAAACGCCACCGUGCCCGGGCUGUCGAGUUUUGGAUCGAAACCGGCCGGGAAUGCUUUAAUCGGGGCAACUUCAAUAGCCUCAUGGCCAUCAUCGCCACCCUUACCGGUGGUCCUAUCGGACGGUUAAAGAAAACGUGGACAAAGGUUACAUCGUCGUCGUCAUCGCUGUUGUCCGGUAUGACGUCAUCGAGUAUGAUUUCUAGUGCCAGCGGUAUCGGUAACAGCUCCUCCACGUGCAGUAGUGCGGCUGGCGGUGGCCGCCAGCAACUUGCCAUUCUCGAACAUCAGGCCGAUCCAACGAACAAUUUCGCAACGUACCGUGCGACACUGCAGGCUGCGGCCUGGCGCAGCUGUCCUGCCAGUUCCCGAUCUUCCUCCACAUCCUCAUCGAAAUCGUCGCAACAAAAUUCGUCUUGCUCGUCGGAUGACGGGCAGGGUCCGACGAACGCGAAGAAGGGUUCCGCCGUUGCUGUGUUGCCGUUCUUCAGUUUGCUGCUAAAAGAUCUACACUUUUUUAACGAAACCAGCGGAAGUUCGAUCCUACCGAACGGACACAUCAAUUUCGAUAAAUGGCGUCAGCUAGGCGAACGGUUAUCGGAAGUACGCCGCUGGCAGCGGCAGAGCAGCUAUCAGCGUCGUUGUAGGCUAGGCCGACGGCACAAAUCGGUCACAUCGGCGGAGGUAACAGCGCUACGCGAUGCGAUCGAGCGAGGCGCUGUCAUAGGCGACCGCGAAACGAACGGUGCGCACGAAGGAUCGAAAACUGGCCCCGGCCGGGAUCAGACAGAUUCCACAAACGACGAUGGGGAGCGCGGUGCAGCCGCACUAGCCAAAGUGAGCUACGAGCGGGAAACACCGGAAGGUGCGGUAGAGAAAGCGCACUGGAAAUCAUUACAACAGUAUCAUGCUUAAGGUUUAAGUUAUACAUUUUGAUAGUAACGGAGCAAAGAACAGUAUAGGCAGAUAUCGCGUAAGUCAUUAUCUAUUUAUUUCAUUUAUGUGUUUUUUUUAAUUAUAUUUAUGUGACAGAUGUAUUUGUGUAUUUUUUAUGGUAAUAGCACGUGGGGGAAUGCGAUUGAAAGUCACUUAGGUAUUGUGAUUUUACAGCUUUUUUGUUUUAAUGUUUUUUUGGGCAGGGUAAUCCCGGGACAGACUAGGGCAGCCACUAACAACGGGUGGGUAGUUUAUAGCAUUGUACAUUAGUUACGUUUCCCUCACUCACCCACAGACAAACACUUCAUCGUGAAGUAAUAGCAAAUUAAGCAGUUACAGGGGGCCAUGCAUUGCCAACCAUUAAAAGAAAAAAUAGAACAGCUGCAUUCCGUUACGCAUGGUGCAGAAUAGGAAACGCGAAAACAGGUAAUCUCAUUACACGAACCGAUGGCUGCCGAUGUUGCCGAUCACUAGACACACAGACUCGGAGGCUUGGUUGCUCCGUUUGUCCCGUGCAGGUGCAUUUUUUUAAAACUACGUUAGCUUUGUAGGAUAAAUUACCUUCCAAACAGUAUGCUACUCAAUCUCAGUAGAACGGUGGUCCCAUCGUGCAACCAUAACUGUAGCCAAACAGCAAAACAAUAAGUAACAUAUGUUAUGCUUUGUUUCGUCGCUUCCCACCAUCAUCCCGCAUCCGAUAGCGAAACUGGGCGUCCGGUGCCGGUUUUUACCUUUUUUUCAAACCAAACGCGCGUGAAUUGACUUUUGACACAUUUGUACACAACAUUCAUGCGUGCGGGAUGAUGAUGAUAGUAACUAGAAUAGCACAAAAAACCAUGGAAAUAUUAAGAUUUCACUUCCAAACCACCCUUAACCUUCAUACACCUUACCCAUCUCACUAACGAACAACCGCUGGCAGUCUUUUUUAAAAACAAAACUAAUGUAACGAAAAAAAAAACAAA